AAAAUGUCCUGAUAAGAUAAUAUAUGGGUAUUGUUUUGUACACUUGGGUUCCUUUUCAGGCACCCCUGAAUGACCCCCAUGCCUGUGCUUCUUUUAUGGGCUUGAAACCUUCGACAACAAAAAGCCACCUAGUACGAGCCAUCCUGGAAUCCAUAGUUUUCAGUUAACUCUUUUAAAUGUAUGGGUUGAUAACUUGGAAGAGCACCUGGUUAAGGAGAUGUAGCCCCUGUAUACAGUAAGACAAGUGAUGUGUGAGAUGGUGAUAAAAAUAAUAAUAGCAGCACACAUCCACGUUGGAAUUGCUGUAUGUUCCAUCAUGUUUACAGUAGCUGAAGGAGGUUUAGUUCAUGGAUUCACUGAGCCCCCUUGUGUCAGACUGCUGGUACUGUACCUAUAGUUAAGUGGAAAAUUUUAUAAGCAAACAGGUGUUUUUUUUUUUAAUGCCAAGAAAUGCCAACCGUGUUAAAAAAUAGCAAUGCAAAUCCAUAAUAUUCACAGUAAUGAGUAAAAAUAAAUGUUUGAACAUAACCAGCAUUUGGCUUUUUUUGUAGGAAUAAGCAGCUCUACGAAAUUAUGAGUGAAGAGACACACAUUCCAGUCACAAAUAUAUGGGCUGACGGAGGCAUGUGCAACAACAACUUUGUCAUGCAGCUCACAGCCAACCUUUUCAACAGGAAAAUCAAUAGGCUGAGACAUGUUGAUAUGCCAAGCCUCGGGGCUGCUUUCACUGCGGGCCUGGGGAUUGGGUUCUGGAGUAGCAGGGAAGAACUGAAGUGUCUGGGAUGCACAGAGAAGGUUUUCUACCCUCAAAAUGUGUGGGAAAACUACAAACCUGUCAUUGACCACUGGGAAAAGGCUUUGACGCGCUCGAUGCACUGGUAUAGCAAACCAUAACUUUUAGAGCUCAGAAAGGACUAUAGUAAUCUAACUGAAUGUGAGUCAGUGACAAGUCUGCCAACGCAUUAUGCGUUAAGUUACUUUUCACAAAUUCUGCGUUAAGUUACUUUUCACUCUAAUGCAAUCAGCUUUCAAUGUAACUAUAAUAAAAUAAUAAAAUGUAAUUAGGUUUUAUGUGGACAGUGUAACCUAGUUAUACUCAGCAGCCCUGGGUAACUUGGUAGCCAUCUGGUUGUAGAAUUUGAUUAGUUGAAUCGUCCCUAUGAUGUUCGUUCCACGAGGAUUCUUCAAUCCCCAAUGGGGUCAACAACACAGUCCUUAUGCGUUGUCCUCUUUUUAAAUUCUUCAACUACAAGUGUGGUCUAGCACAGUCUUUUGGAUCUUUUGUAGUCCAGUAGACUUAGACGUGGUUGUCUGAACAGUCCCUGUUGAUACAUAGCAGGGUAUCUCUCUCACCCUAGCACGCGGCCUCUCCCCCAAGGUCCUUAGUCUCUCAGACUGUCCACUUCCUCCACGUCAUAUAGUAUCUGCAGGUUGACUUUGCGGUUUCCUUGAGUCAAGGAGCAGCACCCUUGGUCUUUUGGAGUUUGAGAGCAGUGUGCUACUUUUUAGCUGAGUUGAAAUAUAAGGUAAAUAAUUCAGGUCAU